AUGGCAUUUGCUGAUGCUGUAAAGAAAGCUACACAAGAGCUUCUAGACAAGGGAGUCAUCAGAAAAAGCACAUCUCCAUGGGCAAGUCCAAUAGUACUUGUCAAGAAGAAAAACGGUGAAGUACGACCGUGCGUGGACUACAGAAAGGUCAAUAAACUAGUCAAACCAGAUGGUUUCCCUAUCCCCCGGGUACUAGAUUGCUUAGAUGCAGUUGCAAAUGCCACUUUAUUUAGUACUUUUGACCUCACAAGUGGAUAUUUCCAAAUCCCACUUAAGGAAGAGGACAUCCCAAAGAGUGCCUUUGUGUGCAAGUAUGGACAAUUUGAAAUGCUCCGACUGCCAUUUGGUCUAAACUCAGCGGCUAGUACUUUUCAACGAACUAUGGAGUUAGCAUUACAAGGAUUGCAAUGGGAAACCUGUCUGAUCUAUAUUGAUGAUAUUAUCGUGUUUGGCUCUGACUUCAGGCAACAUAUGGAAAGAAUUCAAAAAGUACUAGAGAGAAUGGAGGCAGCAGGACUCAAGCUGCGCCCAGACAAAUGUGAGAUGUUGAAAGAGGAAGUGGUAUUCUUGAGACACAUGGUUUCAAAAGAGGGAGUUCGGCCAAUCCCUGCAAACAUUGCAAAAAUAGUAGAAUGGCCAGUACCAAAGAAUGCAAAAGAAGUAAGGCUGUUCACAGCCAUGGCUUCAUACUACAGGAGGUUUGUGAAAGAUUUUGCAAGCAAAGUUAAGCCGAUGACGGAAUUGACAAAGAAAGACAAGAAGUUCAAGUGGGAUGACAGGUGUCAACAGUCAUUUGAAGAACUCAAGAGAGAAUUGAUCAGCCCAGAAAUCAUGGGGAACCCAAUGAAUGAUGGCGGAGAAUUUCGACUAGAUGUAGAUGCCAGUGACCUUGGAAUCGGGGCAGUCUUACAUCAAGUACAAGGAGACAGAGAAAGAGUGAUAGCAAAGUGUAUCCGGCGCUCACACAACAUGAUUGCAUCGGGAGUGUAUGCAAAGAUCUUAGGAAAAGAAGGUACACUGGUACCAAACAAUGAUUCCAAAGAGUCCAAUACAGUUAGAGCAGUCAACAAUGACCGAGAUAACCUACCAAGUACCUCUAAAGCACCAGACGAUACAAAUCACUUCUCUAAGUAUGUAGAAAUUUUAGCUGUUCCUGAUCAAACAGCAGAAACUUGUGCAUCAAGGAUUCUCAAUGAUUUCAUUGCUAGGUGGGGAUGUCCGUUAUCAAUACUUAGCGACCUGGGGCGGAACUACGAAAGUUCAGUUUUCAGAGAGUUAUGCAAAAUUCUCGAGAUAAAGAAGAUACGAACCAGCCCUAAGAACCCCAAGUGCCACGGACAGGCAGAAAGGUUCAACAAAACCCUGGUAAGAAUGAUCAAGGCAUACCUCUGUGGUGAGCAGGACCAGUGGGACAAAAACUUAGGAUGUCUAGCUGCAGCCUACCGGUCAACACCCCAUGAAUCAACUGGCAUGACACCAAACCUUUUGAUGAUGGGAAGAGAAGUGAGACACCCGUCAGAGCUGGAAUUCAGCAGGAACCCCAACAGCGAAGAAACCAGGUCGUUUGUUGACUAUGUUGCAGCACUUAAAGAAAAGAUGCACCACGCCCACCAGGUGGCAAGGGAACAUUUAUCUGUAGCAACAAAGAGACAGAAAGAAAUAUAUGACAAAAGACAAUGUGUGCAUUCAUACGAGCCUGGAGACUUUAUAUGGCUUCUUGAAGAGUCAAGGAAACCUGGGAUUACACAUAAACUGGAGAUGUCUUACGAAGGCCCUUUUGUUGUAAAGCAGUCACUGUCCAACGUCAACUUCAGAAUACAGUUGGAUCGCCAUGGAAAAAAAGUGGUCAAUCACAAGUUGAAGCCGUAUGAGGGCACCAACGCACCAAAGCGGCUGCAAACUGAAAGAAGAAAACUCAAGAUGAAUAAGGAAUAA